AUGGGCCAGACCGUAUCAUUUCUCGGCCUCGCCCGCACUUCAGGCGCUGAAGGCGGACAGGCUUUUGACCUCCUCACCAUUGAUGCCAAAGGAUUGCAAGGACUCUUGGACCAAGGCGAGCUCACCAGCCUCGACCUUGUCCGGCAAUGCCUCACGCAGAUCCAGCAGCACGACGGCAACCUCCACGCCAUGAUCAGUAUAACGCCAACUGACGUUCUCGAGGAGAUAGCAAGAUUGCUUGAUCGGGAAAGAGCUGGCGGAAAGUUGCGUGGACCGCUGCAUGGAAUCCCGAUCACUAUCAAGGACAAUAUUGACACCCCAACACUAGGUCUUGCAACGACUGCCGGAAGCGUCGCUCUACUGAGCUCCAAAGCUCGUAAGAACGCAAAGAUCAUUGACCGAGUAUGGGGAUCUGAUAUGCCAAGCGGUUGGUCUGCGGUGGGCGGACAAGUCCAGUCAGCCUACAUCCUUGGGGGUGUUGACCCCGACGAUUCGACGGAUGGUCACUCGAACCCCUCAGGCUCAUCCUCUGGCUCCGCUGUUGAAGUUUCUGCCGGGUAUACGCCGCUUGCCAUUGGCACUGAAACCGACGGAUCGCUUGUGUGCCCUGCUGGUCGAGCUGCUCUGUACACGAUCAAGCCAACAAUUGGUCUCGUUCCCCAGGACGGCAUUGUCCCCAUAUCUCACCACUUCGACUCGGCAGGGCCCAUGACGAAGUCGGUUCACGACCUGGCUAUCUUGUUGGAUGUUUUAGCCUCGAGACCACGAUCUGAGUCGUUCACAAGAAGUUUGACGGGGUCCUGGUCAGAUAUCUCAGUUGCGGUUCUCGAUCCCGACAAGUGGAAGUUUCCCGAAGCUUCUGUUAAGCCUGUUGACGGGGCUGAGGCCCAAAUCUUUGCUAACGAUGUCGAUCUCAUUUCGAUCGAUGAGUUUGAGCUGGAUGGGAAGAAUAGCGAGGGCGUUAUCGCGAUGUACAACCGGCACCUGGAGCAUCUCCGGCACGUCGCCAGAGACCAGGGGAUUGAACGGGUUCUCAAGACCUAUGAAGUUGACGUUAUCCUUGGUCCGACGGAUAGUGGCCUCACGUCUAUGGCAACUGGUGGAGGCUACUCGCUUUGCGGAAUGCCGCUGUCGUACUUGGACUACAAUGGCCGGCCGUUUUCGGUUUCAGCCAUCACAAGACGAGGCCGGGAUGAUCUGCUGAUCAAGGUCAUGAGUGCCUGGGAGGCGACGUUUCCCCAGCGCAGGCCGCCCCCGCAACUAGUCAACCGGCCAUAG